UUCCUCCAUAUAAGGAGCCUAUUUUGGCAUUCGUUUGUAUUCGUAACUUAUCGUAUCGAUCCCUUUUCUUUCUCUUUUAUUGUUUCCCUAUAUAUCUCAUAUGUUCCCAAAAGAAUUUAAAUAAAAUGGCCUCUAGUUCUAUGAGCUCGAGCUCCUCUUGGACGUCUAAGCAAAACAAGAUGUUCGAGAGGGCUUUAGCCGUUUACGAUAAAGACACUCCCGACCGUUGGCAAAACGUGGCUAAAGCAGUCGGAAGUAAAUCUGCAGAGGAAGUCAAACGUCACUACGACAUCCUCGUUGAAGAUCUCAUGAACAUCGAACAAGACUUAGUACCUUUGCCUAAAUACAAAACUGUCGAUGUUGGAAGUAAAUCAAGAGGCAUCAAUGAUUUUGAUUUGAGAUUAAUGAAGAAUAUGAGAAUCCAGUGAAGUCUGUUACAUUGAUGUGAAGAUUGCAAUAUAUAUAUAAGGAUUCAAAGGGAUAUGUUUUCUUCUUUAAUUUCUUACUGAUGAGUGUAUCGUUCCCUUUUCAUUGUGCUUCUUAUUUUCUCUGUUUAAUCUUCAUGUAGCUAUUGUGGUUUAGUUUAUUUAUAAUUCUAAUCUAUUUUGUCAACUUU